UAAUCACUCAUACUCGUACGACUACGAUGAUGGAGAGCGAAGCCGUGACAGGCAGGACUGGUCUGGUAAUCAAAGCUCUGCUGGGCCCCGCGGUCGUGGCAGUGAGCAGCUGCGUCUCGACCACCGUCGCGAGUGUGAUAAUCGUCGCCGCGGUAGCUGGGGCGCAUAUCGCAGUGAGCCGUACUACCGGAACGAUGAAGGUGAUGGAUACUCUCAGUCUAGGGGAUGGAAUGACUGGGAGUACCGGAGCUGAAGAGAGAACGAAUCUGGGAAGAUCGGGGCAGCAUUCGGACAAACGUGGUUUGGAGCUUCUUGACGUUAUCUAGAUGGCUUAGGACAGGGAGCGCACCCCGUGUAAAAUAUGGAAUCCACAGGCGUUGCAAGAAAAGAGAUGAGACUCCCUGACC